CGGUAGUCGGCGCCGCUCUAUCCGCUCUCUGUGGUGGCCUCCGCCGCCGGGCGGAAGUGCGCAGCGCAGCCAUGGCGGCCGUGGACAUCCGAGAUAAUCUCUUGGGAAUUUCCUGGGUUGACAGCUCCUGGAUUCCCAUAUUGAACAAUGGGAGUGUGUUGGACUAUUUCUCAGAGCGAAGUAACCCCUUCUACGACCGAACAUGUAACAACGAGGUCGUCAAAAUGCAGCGGAUGACCUUGGACCAUCUGAACCAGAUGGUUGGAGUGGAGUACAUCCUUCUUCAUGCUCAGGAGCCCAUCCUCUUCAUCAUCCGAAAGCAGCAAAGGCAAUCUCCAACACAAGUUAUUCCCUUGGCUGACUACUAUAUUAUUGCUGGAGUGAUUUAUCAGGCACCUGACUUAGGGUCUGUCAUUAACUCCAGAGUUCUCACUGCAGUGCAUGGAAUUCAGUCUGCUUUUGAAGAAGCCAUGUCCUACUGUCGCUAUCACCCAUCCAAGGGCUACUGGUGGCAUUUCAAAGAUCAAGAAGAACGAGAGAAAGCUAAACCAAAAGCCAAGAAGAAAGAAGAACCAAGUUCUAUUUUCCAAAGGCAACGGGUAGAUGCUUUGCUUUUAGACCUAAGACAAAAGUUUCCACCCAAAUUUGUUCAGCAAAAGCCUGGAGAAAAGCCUAUCCCAGUGGAUCAAAUAAAGAAGGAACCAGAACCAGCCCCUGAAGCUGUCAAGCAAGAGGAAAAAGAGACUGUAAAGAAUGCUCAGCAGAGUGCUGGCACUAAAGGACCACCUGAAAAACGGAUGAGGCUCCAGUGAAGGGAGAAGUCAUUACAUGUCUGGAUUUAGUCAGUACCUGGAAGACAGGAGAUUCUUGCUUCCCUUUCUUUAAGAUCUUCAACUGAGACUGACAAUUCAGGGACUGACGUCCCUGUAACAACUUUUUCUGUAGAAACCUGUCACACAAAUGUUAAUGUCAGAGUGUGAGCUGCCUCAGAGAAGGUGUUUUCAGUCUUCAUCUUAUUUUGAAUGUUGGCUUCUGGGAAUGGUUUUUACACAGACAUAUUUGGCAGCCUCCUGAAAUCUUUAUACACUCUUGCAUCCCUUAUGUCUUGUUUUUCUAUGUAAAAAGAAAAACUUUUAUAUUAAAACCACCCAGAAUUCUUGGCAAAUAAAACUCCUGGCUGCUGGAAUGCCUUUCUGAAGUGCUUGCUUUGUUAGUAGCAAAUACACCGUGUGUGUUGGCAACAUUUUUUUGAUUGGAUAUUAGAACGUAUUGUUUGCAAUUUUAAGGAAGAAAAGUUCAAGGAUUUAGGCUGCCUAGUAUAAAUUGCUGUGCUUUUAGUAUGGUUGUGAUAUAGAGAAAAGAUUUGAUAAUGGGAGGCUUAGAUCCAUGUAACUAGAUGCCAAAAUAUUCUCAGUCUCUAAAUGUUCUUGAGCACUCAUUUACCAUAAUGGCUAAGUUGGUGUUUUACUAUAAAAGCUAGUGUUCUGUGAGAGAGGUUUAUGAUGACAUAAAACCAGCUAAAAUAUCUUACUGUUGCCUACUUAGUGAAGCUGUUUAUAUUUCUCCUUUUUUCACUGUAACUUAAAUAUAUCAAUUAAAUCUCUUCUUCUGUGCUUCUAGCACUUUCUUGUUGCAUCUGA